CACGGACUUUUAUUUUGACAUGUCGUUGAGCACCAGUAAAGCCUUGUGUUGUUAUACGAGCGCAUGUAAGCAUCCAGGGAUAUUCCCCUACUUGAGAUGGAGGCGUUGCUGAAGAGAGAGCUGGGCACAUCUCUUCUGAAGAGCACUGGUCAUUCAGGAGGAGGAUGCAUCAGUGAAGGCCAGAGCUUUGACACUGACACUGGCAGAGUGUUCGUCAAGAUCAACCACAAGAAUGAGGCUAGAAGGAUGUUUGAUGGAGAGAUGGCGAGCUUGGAAGCGAUCCUGGCUACAAACACAGUGAAAGUGCCCAGGCCUGUGAAGGUCGUGGACCUUGAGAGAAGUGGAGCUCUUCUCAUAAUGGAACAUGUGGAGAUGAGGAGCUUAAAUAAAUACUCAUCAAAGCUGGGGGAACAACUAGCUGACCUGCAUCUUUACAACAAGAAACAGACAGAGAAACAAAACAAGGAACAGCAGACUGUUGGAAAAGGAUCAGGAACAUCUGAAAUUCAACUAGCCAACAAGUUUGGGUUUCACGUGACUACCUGCUGUGGUUAUAUCCCUCAGGUAAAUGAUUGGCAGGAUGAUUGGGUGUCUUUUUUCGCCCAGCAAAGGCUGCAGUACCAGCUCAGCUUGGUGGAACAGUCAUAUGGAGACCGAGAAGCCAGGGAAUUGUGGGCCAAACUCCAACUGAAGAUCCAUCAGCUGUUUACAGACGUAGAGGUGGUUCCAGCUCUGCUGCAUGGAGAUCUCUGGGGAGGAAAUGUGGCCGAAUGUUCUGACGGUCCCAUCAUCUUUGACCCAGCAUCGUUUUAUGGCCAUUCAGAGUUCGAACUGGCUAUUUCUGGCAUGUUUGGUGGUUUUGGGAGCUCGUUUUACAAUGCUUACCAUGAGAAGAUCCCCAAGGCCGCUGGCUUUGCAAAGAGGCAACAACUAUACCAGCUGUUCCACUAUCUGAACCACUGGAAUCAUUUUGGUGGUGGCUACAGGGGUUCUUCUCUACGGAUUAUGAAGGAUCUAACAAAGUAGAUGCACCCUGAUUCAUAAAGUCAUCAUUAAUGAAGGUGGAUGCAUUGACAAGAUGAAAAAGUCUGUUGUCUUAAUAUAAUUUACACAGAUUU